AUGGAGCAAGUGGUGUUAGUUUUGUGUCUGUUGGGUACCGUCUUCACAUAUCCGAUGUACCCUCAAGGAGCUGGGACACAUGGGAUGGCCAGUGUGAGUCUUGAGACUAUGAGACAGCAAGGUCCAAAUAAACUGACUGCCCUCCCUCAGCUUUCAGGAUUUGGAUACAAUGAUCCCUACUCAACAUUAUGGCUUCAUGGGCUACUACCACCUCAUAUGUCUUACCCGUGGAUGCAUCCAAGGCCACAAAUGCCAGAUAAUCAACAGUUUGAGUAUGCAUUACCCAUACAUCCUCCCCCACUGCCUGGAGUACAGUCGCCAAAGCCCACAGAUCCUCAGAACAUUCCACAGCAGCCUCCGGUAAACCCUGCACAAGCAGAUCAACUUAUGUAUCAGCCUUUAUCCCCCAUGGGAUUCCCAGGCCUUCAGCAAGUGGACCCAACUUUAUCUACUCCACAAGGGUCUCCAGCAGAUGGUCAUAUCCAAACGGUAGCAUUGUUUAUGUAUCAAACAAUAAUGAAUAAAUUGCUGCAACAAGGAGCAGUGGAUCCAGCCCAAGACCCCUCAGGAGUACCUCCCAUCCAUCAGCAGCAUCCAUAUCCCGGCCUUUUCUUUAUGCAGUACGGAGGGGGAGCUGGAGGACCUCCAGCAAGACUUGGUGUUAUGAGCUCUGAGGAGAUGCAGGGAGGUCAAGCAGGAGCUGCACACAGAUUCAGUGCCUUAUAUCCUGGACUUCUAGGAAUGGGAUCUGGAAUGGGAAACCUGCCACAGAACCCAGCUCUUCAAGGAGAUUUUACUAUAGAAGACGACUCUCCAGCAGCGGGAGCAAGGCCAGCGGGUCAAGGGGCGUCACCAGGUCCUAAUGACAACCCCUUAGGUGUUGGCCAGAAUCCUUCAGUGCCUGGCCAGGAGGGAAAUCUAGCAGGGCAAGGAGAGAUCAUGACAUUCCCCAAUGUCAAUUUACCUAACAUGGGAUUUAACCCAAUAGGUCAGAGCCAGUUACCUCAAGGUGUUACCCCAGCCAAUGACCCAAGGUUCCCCCAUGAUGCAGGUGCAGGCUAUGUGCCUUAUGGUGUAGAUGAAACAUUAGCCUAUAGUGUUCAAAGAGAAACUCCCAUCAAUAUUGAUGUUACUCAGACAAAAACCGCAAUAGACACACCCAUAAUGCAAAAUGAUAUUCAUCUACAAAAUCAUUAUUUCCAAGAGCCCUGA